AUGCGAGAAAUAUUCAAAGAUCUUUCAAUAUCAACAUUGUUUAAAUGCAUACAAGUUGAUAGUUACUGGUGUUGGAAUGGUGUACCUUUAAUCUGGAGAAAUCCAUUUCUUGAGUCUCUUGAUGGAAAAAAUUAUAAAAUAAUACCAAUAAUUUUAUCUUAUAUAAGUAAAGAAACCAGAGAAUUUCUUAAUUUGAGUUAUAAAAUUUUUAAUAUUCCAACUUCAACUUUUUUUAAUUACCCUAGUUUUUGUAGACAAAUUGAAAUUGGAAAUCAUAUUGAAAUCAAAUUAGCUGAGUGGAUUAAAUAUAAUGAUUUAAUCCUAAAUAGGAAUAUUUUAAAUAAUUUAAUUGAAAUUAUAUUUCAAGUAAUUUGGGAAAAAUGUGAAAAAAUUGAUAGUAUUUCAAUUUCCUUUUGUGAUUAUGCAAAAUAUCAUUGGGCUGAAAAUAUUUUUUCUGGUAUUAAAUCUAAAGAUUUUUUAUUUCGACUUAAUUUAUUAAGAUAUAAUUAUUCUAAUCAAUCGGAAUCAGGAAUUAUAUUUAAAUCAUUAAAUUCUCAUGUUAAGCAUAUUAAAAUUUUAGAUGUUUAUCAACCUGAAACUUCUGAUAAAAUUCAGAUUUGGUUAGAUAAUUUUCGUGAAUUUAUUAAAAAUUUAGAUAUUUUAGAAAUUGUUAUACUUAGAGGAUUUAAUCAAUAUUUACCAACUGUUUUUGGAAUUUUAGUUUUACACAAAAAAUCUAUUCGAUCUUUUGAAAUUUAUGAUUUUUAUGCUGAUGAAGAAAAAUUUGAAUUUUUACUUGAAUUUGAUAAAUUAGAAAAUUUACUUUUAGAAGGAAAUUUCGGUUUAAAUGUUUUAGAACCUUUAUCAAGAGCAAAUUUUAAUAAUCUUUCACAAUUUAGUCUUAUAGAUAAUUCUAUUGCUUGGAAUGGAAUUUCUCUAUUAGAUCCAAUUUCCGCCUUGAUACAAAAUAAUGGAAAUAAUUUUACUGAUCUUAGACUUGAUAAUUUUUAUUCUCCUCCUGGUCGAUUAGAGAUAGUUGCAAAGUAUUGUCCCAACCUUUUAUUUUUAUCAACUCGCCUUUAUUCUAUUCUAGAUUUAGAUGGAUUAUUUUCUGUAUUUAAAAAUUGUAAAAAGUUAGAAAAACUUGUCAUUGAUCAAAAGUAUCAUAGAAUUUUUAAAUUUAGAUUAGAUGAAUUUGUUUUAGAAUUCUCGAAUAAUUUUCCCGAAACUAUUCAAUGUUUAGAAAUUACUGAUAAUUCAUUGGAAUUAGAUUCAUUAAUUACAUUUCUUGAUAAAUCGGGAACAGGAUUGAAACAAUUUAAAUAUAAGUAUAAUUUGAUGAAAUGGAUUUUUGAUAUACCGGCAGAUCAACAAGACCUUCUUCAAAGAAUUGAAAAUGUAACUAAAGAUAAGGUGAUUAAACGACGUUGUGAGGGAACUUCACAUUUUUGGGCAGAAGGAUUAGUUCAUAUUGAAUGGUUUUAG